GACAUUGCAGAAUCUGCUUGGGAUUCUCUCUCUGCCCCUCCUCUACCUGUGUGUUCUCUCUCCCUCAACAUAAAGAAAUAAACUUUAAAAAAACUAGUGCAAGGGAGAGAGCCAGCAGAGGCGUCGCGUCGCUACCACCACAUCCACAGUCAUGCUGAAACACGAGUUGUUUGUGGACAUGACCUGUGAAGGCUGCUCCAGUGCAGUCAGUCGGGUGCUCAACAAGCUGGGAGGAGUUGAGUGUGGCAUUGACCUGCCUAACGAGAAGGUUUGCGUCAACUCUGAGCACAGCGUGGAUCUUCUGCUGCAGACCCUGGGAAAAACAGGACAAGCUGUUUCCUACCUCGGCCCCAAGUAGUGAGGGCCCGGACCCUGGGCCCAAGAUGGAGCAAAGCGGGCAGGCCGCUGAUCCUCUCCUGCCUUCCCGACAGACCUGGGCCUGGCAGUCCUACUCAGCAGUAGGAGUUCCUACAGAGACCCUCACUUGCCCUGCUCCUCCCUAGCGUCCCUGCAAUAAAAUCGAGCCACUCUGGUUG